UAGGGCCACACAAAGAAAAUACUUCAUGGCAGUUUUUAUUAAAUAUGGCGAGCGUCUAGUAUUUUGUAUUACUUAAAAUUGGUUUUUGUAAAGCAGUGUUUUCAACUAAAAAAUUAUUUUACUUUUUCUUUGAAAAGUCUUGUGAAAUUUAACAACCGUUUUUUGAAGCAUACACUUUCAUAAACGUUGUCCAAGUGUUCAUAUCCGUUGUCCAGGGCAUAUUCACUGCCCUGCCAAAAGUAUCUGAACACCGUGGAAUUUAUGACAUGGCCCACCAAGCAUGUCCUGCAGGGGAACUCGGUGAGUAAAAACUAUUGAGCUUGGAAGACAAGUAUUGCCGACAUAUGUCCCUUUCGUGGAUUUGAAGGAAAAGAUUACAGAUUACUAGAAGUGUGAAAACUAAUUGUAAAACUUGUUCAUGUGCGACCUAUAUUGUGCAUGACACAUUCAGUGGUAUCAUAACCUUAAGGGGGGGGGCAUAAUAAACUUCUAGUAUUGUAUUAUUUGAAAAAAAAAAAUCCUAGAAAUAUGUUGUUGUUUUUCACAGUAUAUUCACGAUGGUUUUAGUGCGUCCAACAUGGCUUCAUGUGAAUGGUUACCUGCAUGUGUUCUGCAGGUCCGUCAUAUUUAUGUGUAUUGUGAAAAGCAAAUCCCUCACACCACCCUAACAACGCUCGUCAUAGUUACUGUUUUACGAAGUUUAAAUAUCGACAGCACUAUAACCUUGAAAAUUGUUACGAUGUUUGUAUAGUAACUCGGUCACUUAAUCUAUUUUUGAUUCUAGCAUAAAAACAGUUUCGCUUCACUGUGGCGUACAGUAGUCCCCUCGUGAUUCACAUAGAUCACUUUGUUUCAAUCAAGAUUCUGCAUUAUCUCCGUAUACUUCUAUAGCUAUCCCAAGCGGAACGGGGAGCGUAUCCGAAAAUAAGCCCAAUUAGGACACCUACCUGUGGAACUUGAGCACGUGUGCCACGUUUAGUCCUAUUAGUUUGUUGUGAUGGACCUAUGAAUAGUUUCAAACAUGACACCCCCCUUAGUUCCACCACAAGUCCACCUGCCAGGUUUGAUCCUGCUAGUUACAAAACUUUGGGGAGAAUUCGCAAACAAAUUCACAACACGAAUUAAUAUAGGAUGAUGCCUGAAUACAGGCAAAUAGUUGAAAACUAAUGUAAAUAGUUGUACCGAAUGAAAAGAGUUGUGAUGAGGCGUGUUGUUUUGUAAUUUGGUCAUGGGACCAUUCUUUUAAAUACCUUCACUUUUUAAUUAUCUUAGAUAUCAAAAGACCUUAAAUGAGUACACCGAGAACCCACUGCAGAGAUUUUUGGUCAAGAGAACAGUAGAGUGUUAAAGCAGGGCAAUGAUCCCUGCCGCAGAGCAUACGUAAACCAAUUCCUAGUUUCAAAACACCAAUCAUUGUUUCAAAAUGGUUUCAGAUAUUAACUAUAAAACAGCUGUGUUACCUGGAGGUUAAAUCAGAACCACACAGCAAUCAGCUUCUGGCUUUACUUUUAAAACAACGAUGGAAAGAAUUGCACCAAAGCUGCAAAAUGGGAUACCUGUGCUGUGCCCACCGCGCGGAUUAAACCCUGAAUUCUGACGUUACAACUUCCAAGAUUACUGCUGGAUUAGUAAAGAAAAAGUGGGUUGUCUCUUUCUUUGACUGAUGACAUUUUGCAGAAUCAAGUUGAAUGUGAACUAGGAAAAACAGAAACUUUACAAGUUAAUCUCCCAUCAGAAGCUCUACUUUCAGAGUUAGCUAACAAGUACAGCAUGGAAGACAAACCAGAAAAGGCACAAGAAGAAAAGAGUGAAAAGGAAGAAAGAACAGAGCUGAGCAUGAAUGAAGUUUCUUGUGAUUUAUCUGUAAGUGACUUAGAGAAGCAGGAGUUUUCCUUUACACUCUACAAUUUUAAUGGACAUGGCAAUGUCACUAAAGAUGAUGUUGCAGGACUAGUACGAUCCAUUCAUGAAACUUUAGGGAAAUCAGUUAAGCUUCCUCCUUCUGGUAGCCGUACAAUCAAGGUCAGGUUAGCAAUCUCACCUGACUCAACAAGUCCAGAAGAAAAAGAAGUUACUCUGCCAUCUAAAAGCACAACUCCAAAAGAGACAGACAACAUUAAAACACCAGUGAAUGAAUUCAAACAAUGUAGUAACCAGAGUGUAAACACCUGCUCCACUUAUUUAUCCUUUUCAUCACCAGAGAAAGAAAACUCAAAAUUCAAGUGCCAAAAUUCUUCUCCAGUGACUAAUAACUUGCUAACAUCUACAGCUGAAACAAAGCCGACUGGAUGUUCUCCUGCUACUCCCAAAUCUCAGCGGGGUUGCCGGUCUAGCUCACUUCAGAGACAGGAGAUAAUACAAGAGAGUGUAGAGAAGUCUUGUUUAGACUGUUCAGAAGAAAACAGGAGACAGCCUGGGGAAAAGCAUUGGCACAAGCGACGGCAUAGGCAUCAUCGUAGUUGUAGAAACCAUAUAGCUGAAUGUUGUGAUCGAUAUAACCAUUAUUUGAACUUGGAUGUUGAUGAAAAGUUCCCUUACGAAUCUCGUUACCCAUUUUCAUACGGUCUGUCUGAAAAAAAUCACAUGGACUCUCGAUUGCCCUACCACCAGGAAGUCACAGAAAGUCACUGUAAUAAAAAGUUAGGUCAUUGUAGUCACCAGAGAUCAAAGUCUCAUGAUGCCAAUACUACUGCUAGACUUUUUCACUACCGUAUGUUUUCUAACCAGAAAGAUGAUCUCUUGAACUUAAAUUUUGAUCUUUGUGACUUACUCCCUGAGGAAAAAUUUGACUGGGAAAGGCAACUACCCCACAGACGAUCUAAGUCGUAUGAUGUUCAUGAUCACUCAAAAUCAAACUUUUUGAAUUCUCCUAAAGCAAAGCAACGAACUAAUAGAGGUGUUACAUUCACAGCUCCUACAACAGGAGCUUCUCCAAACCACCAUCACAAGCAAAAACACCGGGAACGUGAAAGGAUGCGAACAAUGCAACAGGUAGCUGAUUGGUUGAAGAAAGAGCACCUUGGUGAGAUGUCCAAAGAAGACAGCACUAGUAACUCUCAGGUGGUGAUUCAGAGGCAUGAGCACCAUCAUUUUCAUGAACAUGUGCACCAUCAUUAUCAUCAUUAUGUACCUUCUUAGCCUGAAUUGUGCUGGACAUGUAAGGGACCACUUGAUAAGUUCCAGAUUGUCUGUGUUAGUCCAUGUUUGUAUUACUUCUGAAUUGUCCCGUUUCCUAAGUGGGCAAUAGGACAAGUGGCGUAAAGUCCCACCAGCAAGUUUACUCAGGUAAAAAGUUCCAAAAAGUAAUACUUCUAAUGGUUGAAUGUAUUUUUUUCAAGUCACAGUAUGUUAGAGCAUCAAUAUUUGAAUUAUGAAUAGAUUAACUUGUCCUAUUUUUUUAGGUUAAGUAAUGAUAAGACAAACCUAUCUAAAUGAAUGUUAUCUCUUCUGUGUGCAACAAAAAGUGUUUACUUGUUAAAACGUCCAUUUUGUUUUUAAAAGUUCAAUGCCAUUUAAUUGUAACUAGAGUUUAGAAAUGUAUUGCUACAGUACAGUACUCUAUUAUUUGCAAGUUAUUGAAGCCAUGGAAUUGGAAAAGUUUAUUGUUCUUCAAAGUUUUUCAGAAUUCUGCUUGACAUAUUCUUUUCAAUUUAUAAAAUACUGCUAAUUUAAGUGCUAGGAAGAUAUCUUACUCAAAAUUGGGCUACCUUAUUUGGAACUACUGAACAGAAAAUUGCAGGCCAAGAAACAGUUAUCAUUAAUGUAAUUUAUUUCUUUUUCAGUUAGGCUAUUAAAAAUAUAUUUUUUUUCAUAGAAGGACUCUUGAGUUUCAGUUGGAAAUAUUUUAAUGUAUUGCUUACCUUAAAAAGCUCCUUGAAUGAUUGCUAACUGAACAGUUAUGAAGAUAGCGCAAUCUGUGUUAAACUUGGGUCAGAGAUUACGGGUCUUAACCAUUACAGAGUGUAAGGUAAAAAAUGUAUUUAUCCAUACUGGUUAUUUUUCAUUUUUAAGAUACUUUGAUAAAACUCAGUAAUGUAUGAGUCUAUUUAUAUGAAAUCUUUACAGUGAAAUUUUAUUUUUCUUUUAGAUAUUUUCUGUUGAUUUCAAUUAGGUUGUUACUUAUGAGAUUAAGAACAUUUAUCAGAUUGUUGUUAGUGAUAUUUUAGAAUCAACACAACUGAAAAACUAAGAUGCAAGGGAAAUAUGUGUUAAGUUUUAUUUUUUAUGCAAAAUAAGUUUCAGAUUGAAAGUGUUUUUACAUUUUUUUCUUUGGUGAAUUAAAAAUGUUUACAUCAUACCAGUGACCUGGAGAUUGAGAUGUAAUAUUUUCAAUCAUGGUAUAGGAAGAGUGGUUAGCUAAUCAUGGUGCCAUUCAGAAUGUAGUUAUCAAAAUUCUAAAAACAUUGUGUCAAUAAGAAACUCAGUUUAUAAAUAUAUAAUUAUAUGAAUUGAUGAUU